AAAGAAAGACCGACACACCUUAUACCGUGGUGUGUUCUUUUCAAAUCUGCUCCAGCUGGCCAGGAAGGUGUGCUCUGUUUAAAUUCCCAAUAUCAAAUGGAUCGGAGGGUCGAACAUAAAACCCCUUAUACCUGAUUUGUGUGUGUGUAUGAGCUUGAUCCUCAUGGAUGCGGUCAUGAAAAAAGAAAAAGUAAAAAAUAAAGUAAAAAAGAGGAACAAUGAUGAAGAAGAAGACAAGAUAAGAGUCAUCCACAACGAUCAGGCCGAGAUUUUCUCUCUCUCGAAAGGGAAAGUAGCAACUGAGCGACGCUGACAGAGAGAGACGAAAGCAUCAAAUUAGGUUAGAAAGAGAGAACUGGUAAAAGUUGAGAGAUGGUUGGUUCAGUAAUUUGUCCUGUUUUGUUAUAAUUUGAAGGCUUUGAGUUUGAGAGGGAUAUGAAGGAGGAGAGAGGUAGAAAACAGAGGUAGAAGGAGAUUCAACGGCUACCAGCCAAUCAAUAAUGUACGAAUUGUUUUAACAAAAAUAAUUGAGCUGACAGAUAUAAAUAAACAAAUCCUUCAAAAUUGAAUAAGUGAAGCUGCGUCGUUUUGCCUUCAAACCCACGUGAUGGCACAUGACAGAAUAAACCAAGCGACGAGCGUCAAGUCGUCAACUAAAUGAAACUCAGCUCACCCUUCACAGCAGAGCUGAGUCAAGAGAGAAAGAGACCACACAAACAGAGACUUGCGGAGAUAACAAGGACGAGCAUGAUCUGAACAACAAUCGCAGAAGCUGAGAGUUUAUCAGGUUUGGCUCUUCAUUAUCAAAUUAGAUAACCGGAACUGGUAAAAUUCGAGAGGGACAGAGAGAUGGUUGGACCAGUAAGACCUCAGUUUGUGUUGUUUGGUUCAUCCAUAGUUCGUCUCAGUUACAGCGAACAAGGAUGGGGUGCCAUUCUCGCUGACAUCUAUGCUUGCAAGGCGGAUAUAAUUUUGCGUGGAUACUCCGGUUGGAAUUCAAGGCGUGCAGUGCAGGUUCUGGAUCAAGUUUUUCCAAAGAAUGAUGCCGCGCAACCAUCUCUAGUAAUAGUCUAUUUUGGUGGCAACGAUUCAAUACAGCCUCACCCGAGUGGCCUCGGCCCUCAUGUACCACUUCCUGAAUAUAUCGAGAAUAUGAGAAAGAUUGCGUUGCAUCUGCAGAGCCUUUCAGAGAAGACUCGCAUCAUUUUUCUUAGUGCUCCUCCUGUCAAUGAGAAGUCUGUACGUGUAGUAUUUGGAGACAUUAAUCGAACAAAUGAGUUGUGUCGUAUAUAUUCAGAAGCUUGUUUAGAGCUGUGUAAAGGGCUGGAUGUGAACGUGAAGUGUGUUGAUCUUUGGACUGCACUGCAACAAAGGAAGGAUUGGUCGACUGCCUGCCUCACGGAUGGAAUUCAUUUGUCUUGUGAGGGGAGCAAGAUAGUGGUUAAGGAGAUACUGAAGGUUUUGAGAGAUGCAGAGUGGGAACCAAGCCUACAUUGGAAGGCAUUGCCUACUGAAUUCCCUGAAGAUUCACCCUGUUAUCCAGUCGGUCCAGAUGGGAAAACCACUUUCAACAUCGCCGAGUACGAUUCUUACAGACAUUUGCAAUGGGAAUAGCAUUCGCUACUUUUAAUCUCAUGCAAAUGGAGAACACUGCACUGGAACUCAAGAAAAGUCGUAAAAUCUAUCGUGUUCAAUCUGUCAAUUUCCAUGAGCACAAGAAGAAUGUUGAUCACAUUUGUUCGCUUCAAUUUCGCAUCUGUUUAUGUUAUUAUGGAUUUCCUCUAGUUUUUGGACUUAGAAAGUCGUGGUUUUUAGGUUGUGGGUUCCAUGUGAUCCAUAUAAAAUGGCAUGCACAUCUGUUUACGUUA